AUGGGCUACGACGAUCGACGCGGCCCCUCCCGCGGCGGCGGCGGCGGCGGCGGCCGCCACAACCCGUACGGCCGCGACGAUCGCGGCCGCGACGACUACGAAGAAGAAGUCAUCGAGAUCUCCACCAAUCGCCUCUACGUCCACAACCUCUCCUGGCGCGUGUCCUGGCAAGACCUCAAGGACCACUUCCGCCAAGCCGGCGAGGUGAUCCACGCGAAGAUCAUGACCGAAGGCCCCGGAGGAAGGAGCAAGGGCUGCGGCAUCGUGGAGAUGGGCACAGUCGACGAGGCGGCAAACGCCAUCGAGAUGCUCAACGACACGGACCUCAACGGCCGGAACAUUCUCAUCCGCGAGGACCGCGAGGAUAACGGCGGAAGAGGCGGCGGCGGCGGCGGCGGCGGAUUCCGCAGCGACCGCGGCUUCGCCGGCCGCGGCGGCGGCCCGGGCGACGGGGACAGGUGCAACAAGUGCGGCGGGAUCGGUCACUGGGCGCGGGACUGCCCGUCGCGGAUCGACGUCGGUCGCGGCGGCGGCGGCGGGCGGUUCAGGUCCGAUCACGACGACCGCGGCCGGGACCACCGCGGCGAGCGCCGCGAGCGCCCGCCGCGCCGCGAGCCCGGCGCCGACGACACGUGCAACCGGUGCGGGAAGACCGGGCACUGGGCGAGGGAUUGCCCGGAGCCGAGAAACGACGGCAAGACGGGCGCGCGCGGCCCGGGCGCCGACGACAAGUGCAACAUCUGCGGCGAGCUCGGUCACUGGGCCAGGGACUGCCCUAACAAGGACAAGUUCCCCAAGCGCGGCGGCGGCGGCGGCGGCGGCGAUGGCGGCGAUGAAGGCGCUGGCGACGCCGCGGCGCUCGAUAACGAUCUCGAGGAGUACAAGGCGGCCGCGCCCGCCGGGGACGCGGAUGGCGACGUCGCGAUGGAGUGA